UUGUAAUAACGACAGUUAAAAAUAAACAAAAACCGUAAGAAAUUACAGGAUUUCUAAAUUGAUAUUUUAAUAGAAAAUUGGAUCGAUGACAGGUAUCGUAACACGUCGAGUGCCAACUCCUCGGGCAUAAUGGCGUGCAUCGCGUGCCAGACGAACGCCAGACGAUCGAUUACUCGGUACAGUAGAAAUUCUCACGCAUGUCUCGCAUGAUAACAAGCGCAAACACGAGAUGUUGAUGAUUGUUUGGUGAAAAGCAGAAAAGUGAAAAGAAAGCACACAGCGUUACCAGGAUCCUUGCGCGUUGGGCGGAGUUUCUCAGAACAUUUUAUGGAGACGAUUCGCCUCGCUAAUUUCAGCUGCAUGUAUAUAAACCUUAGAUUUGUACCGAUCGCGAGCAGAGAUUGUCCGUUUCUCAAAGCGGUUAAAAUAUCUUUGCUUGCAAAGCAGUUAAAUUUUCUCAUUUAUCCAGAAUGAAAGGAACAUUUUUGUUAUGCUAUUGCUUUAUUGGCGUUGCUCUUGCUGCUACAACAACCAAUCGAAUCGAAGAAGGUGAUUAUCCAUGUUCCCUAUCGGGUGAAGAACGUGAAGCACGUGCACACGAUUUACAAAAUAAUUCCGCAUUAUCACGAAGAUAAGAAGGAAGAUUUCGAGGAGGAUAAAUAUGAAAUUUAUUAGAAAUAAUUUUAAUUAUAAGUAAAUAAUAUAUAUAUAUAUAACAUAGUGCAUAGUAUAAAAUUCAACCCAACGAAUAUAGUUAGUAGAAAAAGUAUUCAAAUAUGUAUAAUAGUAGAUUCUCUCAAAAAGAUGUUUUACCAGUAUA